GCGCGCUUGCUGAUGCGUUUUCGUGCUGUGUAGGAUGCUUGCCGCGCCGGCGGAUACGAGCGGCGCUGUGAGCAAUGCUAUUCCCAUCUAGUGCAAAGGGGUAGCUUGGUGGUGUGCUGGUUGCGGGGGGCUGGCGUGGGCGUUGCUGGGUGUUUGGGCGCGUGGGCUGGUGCGUUGCGCGCCGUUUAAUGCGUUAUGAUGGGCUUGAGGUUGGUUGGUUUUCUGUGCUGGAGGUAAUUAUUAUCAUUCCUACCUAUUCUCCUGCUCUCCAGUCUUUCUGGUUAGGAAUACUAUUCUCUUUCUCUUUGGAGUGCUGUCAGGAGAAGGGGUCAGUGAUAGGAGGUAUUAUUGUGGUUGUGUGGUGUUGCUCCCUAGUCUAUUGUCAGCCAUUCACUUCACUCCAGAAGACAUCUCUGCCGCCGCCGCGCGCGAUCUCCUCCUUUCUCCUGACAACCAACGACCCCGAAGACGCUCAAGACUUACAUUUUCUCGAAUCAUCACCACAAUGGCUUCUUCUGCCUCUGCCUCGUCCUCCUCUUCCUCCGCCUCUGGCGUCUCCGCCAUCGUCGCCAUCAGCGCGACGGCCCCCGUCCUCCCCCCACUGGCGUUCUCCGUCGCCUCGGGCGACAGCAACAGCGGCAGCAACAGCGGCUCCCGCGCCGCCUCCUCCUCCUCCUCCAACACCUCCUCGGCCUCGGCCUCUGCUCCCGCCCCCGCCGCCACCACCGCCACCGCCGGCGCCAUCGCCAGCUCCAUGGUCGACGGCAUCGCCUUCGAGCUCCAGGCCCUCAUGGGCAACGCGGGUGAGGCCGCGAGAGAGCGCCGCGGCCGCCUCGUCUCCGUCGCUCCUGCCCCGGCCCCUGCUCCCGCUCCUGCUCCUGCUCCGGUCCCCGCCUCUUCCGCCGCUCCUACUCCCGCUCCCGACGAGAGCGCCAUGGUCGAGGGCGUCGCCCUCCCGCUACGGGCCCUCAUGGACAAUGCGGGUGAGACCGCCCGCGCGGCGCGCCGCGGCCGUCGCAUCGCUGUCGCCGACGACACCACCACCACCACCGAGGCCGUUCCCGCCGCUCCUGCUGCUCCCGCUGCCCCCGCCGAGGCUGCUCCCGUCGCCGAGGCCGCUCCCGCUCCCGCUGCCGCCGACACCACGGCGCAGCAGCAGCAGCAUCAGCAGCAACAGCAACAGCAGCAGCAGCACCACCACCACCACCACCACCACCAGCCCCGCCGCCGCGUCCGGCCCUGUAAGUCCCUGUCCCCGUCCCUAACCCCCCAACCCCCCUCUUGUCUCAACGAUAACACACGGAUCC